AUGGGGACGGCGGCGCUGCCCAUUGAGGACCACUUUGUUCCUCCGGCUGGGCUACCGUCGGUGCCCGCGUCAGUUUCAGAAGAUGGAGGAUUUGCCAAGGGCAGCAUAGACCUUGGAGGCCUAGAGGUGCGCCAAGUCACCGCAUUUGCCAAGGUCUGGUCCACCACGCAGGCCGGCCAAGACGGCCUUGGCGCCACCUUCUUCAAGCCCUCGCCGGUCCCUGCCGGCUUCUCCGUGCUCGGCCACUACGCGCAGCCCAACAACCGGCCUCUCUUCGGUCAUGUCCUCGUCGGUCGGGACACGUCUGGCACCUGUGCACUCCUUGCCGCGCCAGUGGACUACGCCCUCGUCUGGUCCAGCCCGGACGGCGCCGGCCACUUCUGGCUCCCCACGGCGCCCGAAGGCUACAAGGCCGUCGGCGUGGUGGUCACGGCCGCGGCGGACAAGCCUUCGCCCGACGAGGUCAGGUGCGUCCGUGCCGACUUCACCGACGCGUGCGAGACCGAGGACUCGGUGUUGAGCAGCGACAAGGAUGGCUUUAGCGCGGCCACCCUGAGGCCGGCGGUCCGCGGCAUCGACGCCCGUGGCGUUCACGCUGGCACGUUCCUCGCCCAGAGCAGCGCGACGCCGGCGGCGGGCGCGUCGACGCUGGCGUGUCUGAAGAACAACAGCGCGAGCUACACGUCCGCCAUGCCUGACCUGGCCCAGGUGAACUCCCUCCUCUCGGCGUACGCGCCGCACGUGUACCUGCACCCGAACGAGCCCUACUUCCCUUCGUCGGUGACGUGGUUCUUCGAGAACGGCGCGCUGCUGUACCAGAAGGGCAGCCAGACCCCGACGCCGGUGGCCGCCGACGGGUCGAACCUCCCGCAGGGCGGCGGCAACGACGGCGGGUACUGGCUCGACCUGCCGGUGGACGGCAACCAGAGGGAGAAGGUCAAGAAGGGAGACCUCGCCGGUGCGAAGGUGUACGUGCAGGCGAAACCGAUGCUCGGCGGGACGGUGACCGACCUCGCGGUGUGGAUCUUCUACCCGUUCAACGGGCCGGCGCGCGCCAAGGUCGGGCUCAUCCCAUCGAUCCCGCUCGGCAAGAUCGGCGAGCACGUCGGCGACUGGGAGCACGUGACGCUGCGCGUGAGCAACUUCUCCGGCGAGCUGCUCCGGAUGUACUUCUCGCAGCACAGCGCGGGCACCUGGGUGGACGCGUCGCGGCUGGAGUACCUCGACGGGGACGGCGGGAACAGGCCGGUGGUGUACGCGUCGCAGCACGGGCACGCGUUCUACCCGAACGCAGGGACGGUGCUGCAGGGCGACACGAGCCUGGGCAUCGGGAUCCGGAACGACUGCGCCAGGGGGAGCAGGCUGGACACCGGCGCCGGGCGGUGCGAAGUGGUGUCGGCGGAGUACCUCGGCGUCAAGGAGCCGGCGUGGAUCGGGUUCGAGCGCGAGUGGGGACCGCGGGAGGAGUACGACAUCGGGCGCGAGAUCAACCGCGCCGCGAGGAUCCUGCCGCGUUCGGUGAGGGAGCGGCUAGCCAAGCUGGUGGAGAAGGUGCUCGUCGGGGAAGGGCCGACGGGGCCCAAGAUGCAUGGUAACUGGAGAAACGACGAGAGGGAAGCUUGA